CUCGCAGAGACCCAUAGUUCACGUGACAGGCACCUGACUUAACCCGGAAGUCUUGGAGAGGUAGUCAGAACAGCAACAAAACUUCCUACAUAAACUCUGUUUUUUUAUUGAUUAACGAUUGUUCAUCAUGGAGUCAACACUCGAACAGCAUCUUGAUGAUACCAUGAAAAAUCCAGCAGUCGUCGGGGUGCUCUGUACGGAUCAACAAGGACACAACUUGGGCUGCCGGGGCUCCCUGUCUGAUGAACACGGGGGUGUCGUGUCAGUUUUAACCAAACAAGCUGCAGCCCUUACCAAAGACCCAACAGACACUCCAACUGUGUGUCUGGAGUCUGAGUCAGGGAACAUUCUGGUGAGGACUCAUGGGACCAUCACAGUAGCAGUCCACAAGAUAGCAUCCUGAAGAAAAGCAUAAUCAGCGCUUUAUUGUAAACAAAAUAUAAACAGGAUCUUUAAGUUUAUGCACACAAUUUUAUUUGUCCAUGUAUGUUGUGUUUUCUGUAUUAUUCAGACCCCACCACUAGAAAAUUAACUAGAAAAUUCAUGCUUUGUCUGGUUCCUUAGUAUUUUGAAAAGUAAUUUUUAUAUUUACCAAUCUGUCAUUGCUGUUUUGCUUCUGACAUGUACAAGUCAAAGUGUGUGUCAUGUCACUGCCUGCCAUGUUAAUGCUUUGCGUGCCUUUAUUGUUAACAUGUCGGUCACUCUAAUGCAGCCAUGCAAAGAAUAACAGCCCUCAAUAAACUUUAACAUGACUUUGAGAUGUUCA